AUGGCACCUGACGUCCAGAGCGAUAGCCCCCAAGCACGCCAAAUUUCGGACAAAAAAAGGCCAAAAUGGUCCCCAGAAGAAGAUGUUCUGAUCAUCGAGCUUCGGCAGCGCGGAAUGGCGUGGGGAGAUAUCAGCAAGGAACUCCCCGGGCGAAGUGCACUCAGCUGUCGCCUGCACUACCAGAAUUACCUUGAGAGACGGAAGCAAGCAGAUUCAAGUCGGAAAUGUGGGCGAAAAUUGCAGAGGAGAUGUCCAUCCCCUGGAGGGCCGUUGAAGCUAUGCACUGGCAACUGGGAGAACAAGAAAUGGCGAGACGAUCUAGGACAGUUCCGUUCUCAUUCUCUCAACCCGCAUCAAAACGCUCACGUUCCGUUCAGCUCCCUCCCUUUGCGGAACUCGACGCCGUAUCCCAAGGGAACCGCAGCAACGCAGCUACUCUCUCAACGUGGAUGGCGUGAUUAUCGCCGCCGUGGCUUCAUACCAAUAAUAGCCGUACAAUUGGGGUUCGAUACCGCAGCGUUCGAUGUAUGUCUCUGGUCAGAUGUCCAAGGCAAAUCGGAGGUUCCGGGAUAUCUUGGUAUUUAUUCUUUGGUCCCACCGCGUGAGGCCGGUUUCUACGGAUCUCCUCUGGUUCCAUGUUCGUGGUGA